AUGCCUGUGGCUGUUGGUGGCGGAUCCCCAGUGCCGUAUUCGCCGCGGCCCUUUGGCGUGGCGUCUGCUGCGCUUGCAUCGCCGGCGCUGUCGGCUCCGGUGGCUCCUGUUGCGGCGAUGUCGGCCGCGGGAUCUCCUGCUCACGCGAGCUCCACGGUAGUCGACUCUGGACGAGAGUCGGCUGGUGUCCUCGCCCCCCCGCGCGUGCUGGCGCCGGUGCCCGUCCCGGCCUUCGUGCUGGCGCCUGCGGCUGGCGUGGCGCCCCUUCCUGAUCCUGACGCGGCGCCCCCUCCUGCUCCCCACGCUCCGGUGGAGCCAUCGCCUGCUGCGGCGGCUGCUGAUUGUGCUGCGGAGGCGCCUGCGUCCGGCGUGGCGCCGCUUCCUGCUCCUGCCGCUGCGUCCCAUGCGGCGCCGCACGGUGGGUCCGCUCCUCCACUCCCCGUGGCUCUGUCGUCCGCGCCUGCUCAGCCCCUGGGUCCUCAGCAGCGUCCCUCACGCCCACAUUCGCCCUCUCAGCGAGAUGAGCGGGCAGGGUCUCGGCACCGUCGUGAUUCCCCCCGCCAGCGGCGCCCGCAGGCGAACUGGCACGCGCACCGUGGAGGUUGGGUGGGAGGUCACGGUCGCGGGCGUGGCGGGUGGCAGGACGCGCCGGCGACGAUUGCGGACGUGCGUCAGAUCGUGACCGAGGCAUUCCGCGAUGGCCAGGCAGGUUCGGCGAGUCUGAGCAGCUCGCGACGUGCAGCGCCGUCGCCAUUGGCUCCCCUUCCCGUUCCUCGCCUGGCGGUUGCUCCGCCGGUGGCGGCGCCUCAUCCGGUUCCCUCCGCCCCGGUUCGUGGUGCUGGAGCUGGCUUUCCUCCCGUCCGGCUCCCGUCCCUGGCGGCGGAGCUCCUUCCCCCGCGGGUUGAGGUUCCGGAGGCGACUCUCGGUCAGCUGUGGCGGCUCUCAGAGAGCCUACGGGGUCUCCUGCUGGUGCAGUCGCUGGCGCACGGGUCCCUUCCGCCUGUCCCCGCGCAGUCCCUUCUUGAAGGCCCACGUGAAGACUGUCUUGACGCGGCCGACCAGCUUGCCCUCCUCCUGGCGCCCGUGUUGGCAGCGCCCGUGCGGGGAGGCGUUGGGGCUGUGGGGCAACUUGAUGCGGCCGUGCGGGACUUGCGGAGGCGGGAGGAUGUGAGCAAGGAGCACACCUCUUCGGGGAGUUUCCCUUGGAGUAUUGUGUUGACGAGGGCGUGGAGGUGGGUGGUAACGGCUGCGUUGGCGAUAGCUGCAUCCCUGAGGUGUUCGAACGUCAUCCCCGACGGCCCUCCCCCCACUCCGUUUUCGCAGCGGCAUAGGAUUUUCGCGAAUGCAGCUGAGGUGAUGGUCACCACGUGGGCCUCAUCCGUUGGUGUCCAGUCAAUGUGUCCAGGUGGCGUAGCCUCGCCGCCCGUUGGAAGCCGUUCUCCCGGCCACGACCACGCCCCGCAGCUCGCUGCCGCCCGCCUCUGCCUCCUCGUGAUGCCUGUGGCGGUUGGCGGCGGUUCCCCGGUGCCGUAUUCGCCGCGGCCGUUUGGCAUGGCGUCAGCUGCGCUUGCCUCGUCGGUGCGGUCGGCGCCGGUUGCCCCUGUUGCGGCAAUGUCUGUCGCGGCGCCUGUACCUGCCUUCGUUCUGGCGCCUGCGGCUGGCGUGGCGCAUCUUCCUGCUCCAGGCUCGGCUCCCUCUCCCGCGCCUCAUGUUCCGGUGUUGCCGUCGCCUGCUGAGACGGCGGCUGUUGCUGGGGUGGCACCUGCGUCUGGCGAGGCGCCUCCUCCUGCGCCUGUGGCGCUACCCGUGGCGUCUCCUGCUGCGUCCCAAGAUGCGCUGGGCGGGAAGUCUGCCCCUCCGCUCCCCGCGGCUUCCUCGUCUGCCCAUGCCCUUCCUCCGGGAGUGCAGCAGCGUAACUCCCGUCCUCAUUCGCCCUCCCCCCGAGAUGAGCGAGAUGUGUCUCGUCGACGGCGUGAUUCCCCUCGCCGGCGGCUGCCGCAGGCGAACUGGCAUGCGCACCAGGGUGGUUGGAGGGGAGGUCGCGGUCGCGGGCGUGGCGGGUGGCUGGACGCGCCAGCAACAAUCGCGGACGUGCGACAGAUUGUGACUGAGGCGUUUCGCGACGGUCAGGCCGGCCCAGCGAGUCAGUACAGCUCGCGGCGUGCGGCUCCAACGCCAUCUGCUCCCCUUCCGGUCGCUCGCCCCGUGGUUGCUCCGGCGCCGGCGGUGUCACUGCCGGCUCCCUUAGCCCCCGCUCAUAGUGGUGGAGCUGGGCUUCCUCGGCUACAGCUUCCCUCCCUGGCGGAGGAGCUUCUUCCCCCGCGGGCCGAAGUUCCGGAGGCGACUCUCGGCCAGUUGUGGAGGCUCUCGGAGAGCCUCCGUGCGCUCCUGCUUGUGCAGUCCCUGGCGCACGGGUCUCGUCCGCCUGUUCCGGCGGAAUCUCUGCUUGACGGCCCGCGGGACGAUUGUCUUGACGCGGCCGACCAGAUUGCCCUCCUCCUAGCGCCUGUGUUGGCCGCGCCCGUGCGGGGAGGCGUUGGGGCUGUGGGGCAACUGGACGCGGCUGUGCGGGACUUACGGAGGUACCUGCGGGCAGGUUCCGGAGCCGACGCGAUUGGCGCCGCCAUUCUGGUGGUCCGUUCGGCCAUCUCAGAGAUGCCGCCAUCAAGCGAGGCAGCAGGGGAGGGCGAGGGGGGCGAGGGCGGUCCAGAUUCGGUGUAUCUGUGGGACUGGGUGAUCAACCCGCAGGCAUCGCUGUACCAGCAGUUCCAGGCGGCGCUGCUGCUGCUGGCCAUCCUCAUCGGCUUCAUCGAGCCCUUCAACGUCGCGUUCCUCGAUACAGAGAACGUGCUCACGCCAGUCAACGUCUUCAUCUAUUGCACCGACGCCGUGAGUGCUCAGUUUGGGGCGUCAGGGCAGCAGGGCAGGCAGGGCGAGACAUGCUCUUCUCAUGUGCCUCGCCCCGCUCCCCCGCAGGUGUUUCUGAGUGACGUGCUGCUGUCCUUCUUCGUGCCCGAGUUCCGCAUGGGCGAGUGGAAGACCAGCCUCGCCAGCAUUGCCGUCGAGUGUCUAUGUGACGUGCUCAUGCACGAAUUCUCACUCCACUCUCCGUUCCCCCUUUCCUCCCUCACCCCGCCUCCCCCCCCUUCGCCUCCUCCUUCCCCAGUGCCACACCGAACAAAACACCUUCUCUUACCCUCUCACAUCUUCUUCCACUCUCUGACAACUUAUCCCACUCUCCUCAUCCUCUUCGCUGCCCACUGGUCCGCCUGUGUCUUCUUCCUCCUCUCGCGCGUGCGCAACUUCAGCGAGGACACGCCCGACCUGCCUCUGCGCCCUCCGCUCGACGCCUAUGUCACCUCCAUCUACUGGGCGAUGACCACCCUGUCUACCACAGGUACUGCACCACAGGUACUGCAGCACAGGUACUGCAGCACAGGUACUGCAGCACAGGUACUGCACCACAGGCGCAUGUGGUGCCGGCUGCAGGAGCAGGUGCAGGCGCACCUCAAGCUGCACUUCGACACUGCUGAGGUGCAGUUGCACCUCAAGCUGCACUUUGAUGCCGCAGAGGUGAGGGACGAUGUGUUGUUGCACUGCCCAUCAUCCGUGCGCACGCUGGUGAAGCGCCACGUGUACUCGCGCUUCAUCAACUCCUCCUACCUCUUUGCCGUGACCUCCAACCUCUUCCGAGUGAGUCCCCCGCCUUACCUUGUGCUCACUCCACCCCUGACCUCUCCCCUUGCAUGUGCCCCUCCCACUUGCUUCGUCAACUCCUCCUACCUCUUUGCCGGCACCUCCAACCUCUUCCGAGUGAGUCUCCCGCCUUACCUUGUGCUCACUCCACCACUGACCUCUCCCCUUGCAUGUGCCCCUCCCACUUGCUUCGUCAACUCCUCCUACCUCUUUGCCGGCACCUCUAACAUCUUCCGCGUGAGUGAGGGCCCUACCAUGCUGCCGCCCUCCCAUGCGGCCGCCCUCCCAUGCUGCCACCCUCCCAUACCAAGCGCCCAUACAACUCACCCCACCCAUCUGACACUCCCUGUCUCCCUAUACCAUCCAUCUGACCAAGUGGCAACGCGGGCCAAUGUGGAUUUCUUCCUGCCACACGUGGACCUGGUGGCAGCCGGCAACAGCACCACGGAGCUGCUCAUCAUUGCCUCGGGGCACGCGCAGGUGCUAGUGCGUGGCAAAAAUGGCAAUGAGAUGCAGUGGUUCGUGCUGCACGAGGGGGACUGCGAGGGAGGUGAGUGCGGGGCGUACGAGUUUUGCCAAGCUUUUGGGGACGUGGUGAGAGCAAGCGAAAGGAGUGCAAUGGGGGGGAGGGCGAAGGAGGAUCUGGGGCGGGUCGUCUCUAAGCCGACUGAGUCAUCACGUGCUCUUUUCCUCUCCUCAACCCUCUCCACUAGCCUCAUGUGCUGCCCUACCCCCAUCCGACCCUCUCUGGAUUCACCAGAGAUCGCCUUCCUGUGCGACCUCACGGAGCUGUGGACGGUGCGCACGCUGUCGGUGUGUCGGGUGCUCCCCAUCUCACGAGACGACUACCGCUCCGUGGCUCGCACCCACCCCGCUGACGACCGCCACGUACCCAUCUCACGAGACGACUACCGCUCCGUGCCAUCGCCAACCUGCUCAACCGGUGAGUGCUCUGUACCCAUCCACGCCUCACCCUCCACACCCUUCCUCAUUCAUCUCCUCUCAAGGGCGCGCAGCAGGGCGGAGGCGACGGCCCGCUUCUACCCCGGCAACAGCACCAUGGCGGAGCUGUCUCUGCUGCUCAAGAACGAGGUCGAGCCUGUUCUGAACGGCAUUGAUAUCUUCUUCUUCUACCCGCUCUCUCACACCUUUGCCAACCGGAGUCUCGCACCUACACCUUCGUCACCUACCCUUCCUCACUCUCCUUGCCAUGCCUCUCUGUCAGCCUUUACAGCCAGUUCCGUUGGUGCAGCAAUGAGACCAUGUCGUGAUGUUUUUCACUUCCUUCACCCUGGCUUCCACACUCUUCCUGCCCACUCCGUACCCAUCCUACAGUUCUCCUCCGCUCCUCCCCGCCGCUCUUCUCCUCCCCCCUCGCCAGUCCUUCCACAACCGCUUAGUGCAGGAGACGCUGAUGAACCUUCGUUCCGCAACCGGCUGGUGCAGGAGACGCUGAUGAACCUGUGCUACGCGGCCAAGCGUGGCGACAUGCUGGAGUGCUUCCGCCUCGCUGCUGGCGGCUUUGAUGUGGCGGCUGCUGACUACGAUGGUCGCACGCCCAUGCACCUGGCGGCAGUGACAGGGCAGGACAAGGUGGUGCCGUGUAACCUCCUUCCCCCACACCAUUUCCCCUCUCUCUCCCCCCCGUUUCCCUCUCCUCUGUUCCCCCACCCCCCUCGACCAGCACCUAGCGGCGCAGCAGUGACAAGGCAGGACAAGGUGGUGGCGUUCCUGCUGGCGCACGGCGCGCAGGUGAACGCCAAGGAUGCCUUCUGGCGCACCCCCCUGCAGGAGGCCGUUGCUGCCGGCCACUGGAGCACCGCUCAGAUCCUCCGCAGGUCAGCGCUCUCUGCCACUGCUCUGCCUCUGCUCUGCCAGGCUCCUCGGAAUGCAGAAGUUCAGCACGCCCUGGCACCUGCUCUGCUCUGCAGUGCCAUGUGUACUGUGCCCUCCUUGCUCCUCACGUGCUGGCACUCCUUCACUUCUUUUGCACUCCACUACUUCUCCCCCUCCUAUCUUUCGCGACUCCCCUUCUCUCUCCAAAUGUCACCUUCCUCCCCUCUUCAUCGUUCCCCUACCCCCCACAUCUCAUCCCAGCCACCAGGGAAUGGCCCAGCCGUGCAAUCACCGGAAGCACACGUGCCAUCUCGCCUGCUCCACCAUCACCGCAACCACCCGGCGCACCUUUCACUCCCCGUCUCUUCCCCCCUUCCAGUCCUGCAGCCCCACCGACCAGCCCCACCGAGCAGCCCCACCGACCAGCCCAGCUGCCAAAGCUCGCAAACCUCUUCCCUCCCCCCCCAUCCCAGCAACGGCGGUGAGCUGCAUCUGCGCAACCAGGGCACGCAUCUGUGGUGCCUGGCCAGCUCAUCCAGCUCGUGCCAGCUGGCACAUUUGCCAAUGCUCGCACACAACAUUCCCACUCAUCCCCACUGUAUGCUCCCCCUCUCUUACCCGCUCUUCCCCCGUCCCUUUCCCCCCUUCUCCUCCCCUCUCCUCUCUCCCUCCCCCCCUCCCCCCCUCUCCAGCAAUGGUGGCGAGCUGCAUCUGCGCAACCAGGGCACGCAUCUGUGCCGCCUGGCCACCUCGUCCAACUCGCACCAGCUGGCGCGGCUGCUGGAGUUUGGCGCCGACCCCAACUCCGCUGACUACGACGGCCGCACCGCGCUGCACGUGGCUGCUGCUGAGGGGCACCUCAACGUGGUCAAGGUGCUCAGUUCUGGCUUUCAACCUGCUACUGGAGCUCUGUCUUCAGCCUCGUUUCAUCAUUGCACCAUGGCUCUGCCGGAGGUUUCUUCUGCUGCUGAUGCUCUGGCUGCCGGUCCCCACGGGAAGAAGCCUGCGGAUGUUCGUCCUGAGCCGGUCACUCCGAAGACUUUGUUCAAUGGAGCGUCGUCAUCACAGGGUGGGAGUGUGAUUAAGGAUUUGACGGCGAGGACGUCGGCGCUGCGUAUCAAUGAUCUGCCUGCAGUCAACAAAACGAGCAUCAGUGACAUGGCGGGGACUGCUGCUCCGUCAGGCCCUAAUGCUCAGGACCGCGGCAAAGCUAAGGAGCAAGACGCGGAAGAUGACGACGGCUACCUUAGCGACGACCCUGACGAGUGUCAAGACCCGGUGACGCUCAACGAGAUCGCUGCGCAGGCUGGUGUUGCCAUCACACUGUUGGUUCCCUUCAACUGGAGCAAGGAGAUUCUGCGUAUCUUCAACACUGUCAACCACCUGCUGCUUUUGUGGGGAAAGCACAUGUCGGAGAACGUAAAGGCGACAACAAGGUGUCAGCAACUCCCUGCAACGUUUCUCUCCAAGCAGCACUUCGGCCGUAUCGAAGUAGUCUUCUUGCUGGAGGCGGAUGCAGCUUUCAUGAGGAGCAGAGAGAUCGAACACUACACGGCGAAUGAAAAGAAGUUGACGCUCGGCUGGCAGCAUCCGGAGAACAAGGAGUACCUUAAGGAGCGUGCAGCGCACUGGCGAUUGAGGUGCUGCUCAAGGGUGUGCCUGCGGUCAUCUCACCAGCGAUGA